AACUACUCUCUGGUUUGGAACUUGCUGCUGAUAAUCACCGGAAGUUCUGCUGAUCAUGAUGGAGACCGUUUUCUCAAGGUUUGAUUCUUAUAAUUUUGAGACCGAUCAACGAUUUGUUGAUGGUCUGAAAACUUUAAACAUGUCUGACAGAAGCGGAGAGAGGACCGAGCUGCUGGACCUCAAACUGUUCUUUUAUAACAGAUUUGUGGAGCCCAUAGAACAGCACAGCUACAAAACCUGGAGCUCUUCUCAUGGGACAGCUUCAAAAUUUGCUGCUGAGCAUCAGGAUCAGAGGGCCCAGUCACAUACAGAUUCUAACGUCUGUGAAAACCGAAGGACAGAGACGUCUGCAAACACACAGACAACACAUCUUUCCUUUGCAGAGGUGAUGCAGCUGGUUCAGGACGGGAAGGAAGUGCCAGGAGUCUCCAAACUGGACAUACAACCGUGCAACCAGAGUCCCACACCUUCUCAGAUGCAGCGAGCACUAAAACCCUGGGAAACUGCCUGAACUGUAGCUGAUUAUUAAUCUUAUAAUUUAUAGCAUUAACUGAGAGGAUUUGAAAAUUGAGAAAAUAAUUGCCUACUUUUUUAAACAAAUUAAAAGUAAUUUGUUGUUUUCUUGCCCUACGAUCAGUUUGGGCUUCCUCCUAAAACUACAACACAACUAACCCAGCCCAUGACAGCUCAGACCUGUUUGUGCUGGGAACGCAAAGUUUUGCUCGGCUUCUUUGAUCUGAUUUACUAAUAACAAAAAUAUGUAAAUAAGAGCGACACCAUGUGUUGUAAACAAGUUUGUGUUCAAGAAUCUUGUGAUCCUUUUGGAUUUAAUCAGAAACACAUAUUUGAACUUUUACAGCUUGGGGUCUUUCUGAACUGGUGUGAUCAGGUUGGUAUCUCGGGACUCUGGAAACGAUGUAAAUGCUUCAGAAUCUUUAACGUGUUUGUAUAAUCACUAUUAAAGUGAGUUGAGUUAAAUGACGGAAAUCCUUUUUGGAAAUGGAACAAUGGUGAACGUUUGAUCACCUGGAGAUAACUUAUCCCCAUUUCCUUAAACUAAGGUUGUUCAGAGCCCUGGCUACCACAACCAAUUGUUUGAUAAUGUUGACAGUAAUGUUAGAUGUAUGGGAUGAUUAGAUGUGCACAACUAUACAACUAAUGAUAGUGAGCAGAGGCUCAACUCACGACUCAAAGGAUUUCAUUAAGAUCUAUCACGACAGAAUUGGAUGUAAUAAACUUUUGAUAAAACAAUGGUAAGUAAAUAUGGUAAAUAUAAAAUGUUUUAUUCAUUUUUAUUUAUUUUCUUCGUUAUAAAGUCUAAAAAAAAGCUGAGUAAAGGCUUUAAACCGCAUAUUUAUUCAUUUGUUUCACCAUUACAAUGGACUAUCACAGCUCUUCUACAUCCAAUAAAAACAGUCAGCUCACUGCAAAGCGAAAACCUAGGAACUGAGUGUUGGUAAAAACUUAAAAAUGUUUUAAAAAAGACAAAACUAAAACAUGCAAAGUUAGCACCAACAGUGUAGCACCAUCACAUGCUGAGGUAAAUGUCAGAAACAUCUUGUCUCCUUUGAUGGCAGCACCACAAUUAUUCAACCGAGCAGUUAAAGCACAACUGCAUAAAAACUCCAUCUGUGUUGGGAAAGAAUAGUUAUAGUUAACAAGAUAAAAUCCCAUCAGACAUUUAGUAGAAAUGUUUUGUGAUUUUGUCAGGUUCUGCUUUUCAGAUGUCAGCUUGACCCGUUUCCCACCUCAGGUCAGCCACGCCCAUCGGUGAUGAAGACGAGUAACGCCAGCAGCGGUUAGUCGAAACAAGUCAAGCCAACGUCAUAAAAGCUGCCUUUUUUUUACAUGGUUACAAAAGUUUUGAGACACUAAACAGUGAAAAGUCUCAGAGUUUAAAAAGGAAACAAAUCCUGGAGUCACUGAAUCUGCUCGCUGUUUCUUUAGAAAACAACCAAAGGUGAAAAUAACCUUCCUGUAACACGAAGCAUCUGCUUUUGUUCCUUGUAACAUUCAAAAAUAUCUUUUUCCUGUAAAUUAAUUUUAGUAGUGACUGACCAAUCAACAAAAUAAUCAACUAAAAUCACACAAAAUAAAAAAUGUGCUCAUUUCUGUUUGACUAAAUUCUAGUUUUUUUAAUUUUUUAUAUUGAUUUGUGUAAAAAAAUCUCCCAGCAGCAGAGCUCACAUCUCAAUUGUUUUAACCUAAAAAAAAAAAAAAAAAAAAGGAAAA